AAAUCCACUCUCGAAACACUCUCUCCCAUUCAGAAGCAUUCCAAAAUCCAUUAAUUAUAUAAAUAUCAAUGUCGGGUUUUGAUUACAGCGACUCAACAAGCUCAGCUGAUUCCGUCAAUAACGGCGUUAACUUACCGGUUUUUUACCGGAACCCGAGUUUCAGCAACGUCAUCCUAAACGAUAACUGGAGCGAUUUGCCGUUAAGCGUGGACGACUCACAAGACAUGGCCAUUUACAACACUCUCCGCGACGCCGUUAACUCCGGCUGGACACCCACCGUUCCUCCACUUUCCUCUCCGGUGACCGCGGCGGAAGAGAAGCCGGAGACGGCGAUGGUAGCGGAGGCGAGUGGAUCGCACGCGCCGAGGCAAAAGGGGAUGAUGCAGUACAGAGGAGUGAGGAGGAGGCCGUGGGGGAAAUUCGCGGCGGAGAUUAGGGAUCCGAAGAAGAACGGAGCUAGGGUUUGGCUCGGGACUUACGAGACGCCGGAGGACGCGGCGGUGGCUUACGACAGAGCUGCGUUUCAGCUAAGGGGAUCCAAGGCUAAGCUUAAUUUCCCACAUUUGAUUGGCUCUUGUAAGUAUGAGCCGGUUAGGAUCAGGCCUCGCCGUCGCUCGCCGGAGCCGUCUGUCUCCGAUUACUCAUCGCCGGAGCAGAAGAGGAUUGGCCACGUGGGAGACGGGUUCGAUUUGGAUUUCACGAUGAACUCCGAAUCCGAUGGAGGUUUAUUGACGGAUCAAUCGGCAUGUUCGUUUUCUGAUAGUCGUGAAUGAUGAAUUAAGCGAUGUUUUGAUCAUAAUGUAAUGUCUUUGGAAAAUCAAUG